CUUGUGUAGCUUCGUUUCUUUUUGGAAAUCAUUCAAUUUUCGAUCACCGGUGCGACGGAUUCCGAUUAGACGAAAAUACUUAUCCGAAUUCAUCGAGUUGGGACGGAAAUUGUGUAGCCAAUUAAGGCUGAAUUUCGAAAAUGAGUAAAGCUAUGCAGUUACUAGGCAGUAAAAUCAGUCUCAUCUCCAAGUCGGAGAUCCGUUACGAAGGGAUCCUAUUCACACUGAAUCCCAAUGAGUCAACUUUGGCUUUGGCUAAAGUGCGUAUGUUUGGAACGGAAAACCGGCCUACAGAUAACCCUGUUGCUGCAAGAGAUGAGGUGUUUGAGUUUAUCAUCUUCAGGGGUCAGGAUAUUAAAGAUAUUCGUCUUUGUGAACCACCUGCACCUCAACCUCCCAUACCAGGCACUCUUCCCUAUGAUCCAGCCAUUGUUCAGCAUUCAGUACCAGGUGUUGGAUCACUUGGUGCAACUGGACUGCAGCAACCAACUGGACUUGCCGGAAGUAUCAUGAGGCCCAACUUUGGACCGUUGGGUGGUCUGAAUCCUUAUCCAAAUCUUGAUGGUGGAGCUUCUGGUGGCCCUUUGGGACAGCUAGGAAACCUGAUGGCGCCCAGCCUGAGUGCAGGACUUGGAGGUUUAACUGGUGGACUUGGACUGAGUGGAGCCGCCGCUGUUGCUGCAGCCAGUGAGUUACCCCUUUCCCCUCAUGGGGAUAUGCCCCCUCACCCGGAUCAUUUAUCCGAGGGAGACCAAGAUUUGUUGGGUGGAGUUGGUAGGUCCAACAACUCAACACCUGUUGGUGGCGCUUCGGGGACGAGUCAAUCGAGAAAAUCACCAUUGCUAGGUGAGAAAGAGGAUCAACGAACUAGCAGCCGUGGAUCUGGUGGUGGUGGUCGGUCUCAACAGAACGAUAGAGGCCAGCAACAGCGGGGAGGAAAUGGAAGAUCAAAUUCUCGUGGCCGUGCACGUGGUAACAACGCUGGUGGAGGUCAGAAUACUGAUCGCAGAGAUGGCGGUCGAUCUCAGGGUGGACAUCCACAAGGAUCUUUCAAUCGUUUUGCUAGCAACUUUAACAAUCGCUCCAAGGGACCCCUGAAGUUCGACGAAGAUUAUGACUUUGAAUCUGCCAACGUCAAGUUUGAGGAACUGAAAACCAAAAUGGGCAAGAUGAAAAUUGGUGGUGAUACAGUACUUGUAUUGAGCGGCCCUCCUGAGGCAGACAAGAAAGAGAAGACAGAAGGCGAGUCUGCUGACACCGUUGCAGUUUCUGCCGAUGGCGAAGCUUCAACAGAAGCUUUGGUUUCAGUCUCACCCAAUGACGAUGAUAAGGGCUCCGAGUCUCCAGAGAAACCCAUCUGCUACGACAAAACGCGCUCGUUCUUCGAUUCAAUCAGCUGCGAGGCUGUGGAGCGCAGCAAAGGUAGCAAUACUCAACGGACAGAUUGGCGCCAGGAGCGAAAAUUAAACGCCGAGACAUUCGGGUUACCUUUCAAUCAACGCCGAGGUGGAUUUAAUCGUGGAGGCGGUGGUGGCCGAGGAUAUUACGGUGGUCGUGGUGGUGGCGGCGGAGGUGGAGGUUAUUAUCGCCAGCAGAAUAACGAUGGCUAUCAACAGCGCGACGGUGGCUAUCAGCAACGCGAAGGUGGUUACCAACGUGAUGGCGGAUAUCAGAACCGAGAUGUAGGAUAUCAACAGCGCGAUGGCGGCUUUCAGCAAAGAGAUGGAAGUUUUCAGCAAAGAGAUGGAAGUUUUCAGCAAAGAGAUGGAGGUUAUCAGCAACGCAGUGGCUAUCGGGGAUCAGGUGGUUACCGAGGUGGCCGUGGUGGACGAGGUAACGGUGGAGGAAAUCGCGACUCCGAAAGUACUGGUCAGCCCAGAGGUGGUUACAACCAAAGGAGGAAUUGGCAACAACAGGAGAAUCGAGCGUAGAAAAUGUACGAAAACCGGUUAUUGAUGCGCUACUUUGAAGCAUGGGGAAUGAUUCCGUUGGACAUUUGAUGAGAAAUAUGGGGGGCAAUUGGUGUGAGAGGUUCUGUUUGGUAGAGUUGGAAAACGGCGUCGGAUUAGUGAUUGAGUGGUGCGAGUGGGUGUACAGUUUCUUUUGGUUUGUUUUCUCGCCGUCGGUGUGAAGUGAUCGUAACUCUUGUUGGGCCCUCCUCUCUUCGCGUACGGAGCAUUCCUGCUACAAGUGUUUCAUCGGGUCCGUCAGUAACUGGUGAGGAUUGUUUUUGGGAGGAUUGGGAUCCUUUGGAUUUAACACCUAGAACAGAAGGAAGUUGAAGUGUUCGUUUUUCUUUUGUUUUUUUCUCACCUGUUAUUUCCUUAAUUAUUGUAGAGACUUUUGACUUUGUUUUCUUUUCUCGUCUAUUCAUAUUUUGCAUCUGUCCCCCCAGUUCACUCAAUUUAUGUCUCCCAGCUGCCCCCUUUACAUUGUCCCAAUUUCCCCUUCCAAUUUUUCUGAAUGAAUGUGCGUGGGAUGUAAGUCAUGUAAUUGAACAAGUUGGUCAGAUUUUCGGAUUUGCAGAGAUGUGUGCAACGUUUGGAACCCGCGAGUGAUUUUACACGACGUGGCAAAUCGUAAUUUUCGUAUUGUACGUGACUCGCGCUUCGUCCAUACUUUUGUUUUGGUAUACAAAAUUCCACGACUUGUGAAGAACACCGACAAAAUGGCACUAUCGUCUUCUGUAUUGUUUAUGUGCUCCUAUGUCUUGCGGGCAUGUACGACUAGCUCGUAAAAGCAAAAGUACAGUAAAUAAAAUCGUCGUGUAAUCAGUUA